AUGCACUCGGGCUUUCCCGACCUGCGCAACAGCAUGCCGAUGAACAUCCGCGCGUCCUAUCCCGGCAUGGGCAUGACGCCGGGCACGCGCGCCGACAUCGAGCGCAUCACUUCGCUCUGGCGGGACUGCCGCAAGCGCUUCGCCGGCGCCUUCCAGAAGGACGACGGUUUCCUGUUCGGCGCGUUCGGCGCGGCGGACGCGAUGUUCGCGCCCGUGGUGACGCGGUUCAAGACCUACGGCGUCACGCUCGACACCGACGCGGACGCCUACUGCACCGCGGUGCUCGGUCAUCCGGCCAUGAAGGAAUGGAUCGACGCGGCCCAGCACGAGCCCUGGCUGAUCGACAGCUAUGAACUGAAGUAA